AUGUCGCUGAACCGCGUAGCAUCAGUCGAGACGUUCCAGUUCCUUCCUCAAGCGCAGGGCUCGAGACGAGGCAGCGAUGCGUCGAGCGUACGGGCCGGAAGGCUGACCUUCAACCCUCUACCCGACGAGUGGUAUCCCGCGGCGAACAAGCCCGAUACUGUCCUUGCAGUCGGUGCUUUUGAAGUUCCGCAAUGGAAGAGAAUCCUUCAAGUCGUGGUCGCGGUAUUCUACUGCCUCUUUGCGGCCGGUGUUGCUUUCGGCUUCGCGGCACUGAAGCCGGUUCUUAAACGUGAAGGCGCCUACGGCGACAUCUGCUCCGCCGACGAUCCCAACACGGCUCCAGACGACACAUGCGUUGAGAUCCAUCUCAACUUGAUGUUCACAGUAGCGGCCGUCGGCACCAACAUCGCUGCUCUGCCUGUCGGGGCCCUGCUUGACCAUACAGGACCUCGCGUUUGCGGAAUCGUGGGCGGCUUCUUGCUGGCCGUGGGCUCGCUCCUCAUGGCAUAUGCUAAGAGUCUGCCAUUCGACGGUUUCCUCAUCGGGUAUCUCGCGCUCGCUCUCGGCGGCCCCUUCACCUAUAUCUCAUCCUUCCAGCUGUCCAACGCUUUCCCCAAGCACUCUGGGCUCAUCCUCGCCCUCCUGACGGGAGCCUUCGACGCCUCCAGCGCGCUGUUCUUGGUCUACCGCCUCAUCUACCAGGCGACCGAGGGGACCUUUGGCCACGAAAAGUUCUUCAAAGUCUACCUGGUCGUUCCGCUCUUCAUAAUCGUCGCCCAGUUUGCGCUGAUGCCUAAGCAGUCGUACAAGACUGUGGGAGAGCUAGUCGAGCUCCAGGAGGAGACCGCCGCGGUGAACGACGCCGAUCCGGCGCUGUACGACGACCAGGUCGACGAGAACACGGCGCUCCUCCGGGAGGAACGCCGCCAGCGCGAGACCGUCGUCGCCGACAUCGAGCAGCUUUUGGGCACCCAAAGGGCGGACAAACAGAACCGCAGGGAAGAAGAGAAGAAGAACGAGACGUCGGGUAUCUGGGGCGUGAUGCACAACCGCACUGCAUUGCAGCAGAUCGCCUCGCCGUGGUUCAUACUCAUUUGCAUGUUCACCGUCAUCCAGAUGCUACGCAUCAACUACUUCGUCGCCACCGUCCGCGCCCAGUACGAGGCCAUAUUUGGCGACCACGACAAGGCCGUCGAGAUCAACAACUUCUUCGACGUUGCCCUUCCGGUGGGGGGCAUCCUCUCCAUCCCUUUUAUCGGCGUGCUCCUAGACCACACCAGCACUGUCACCGUGCUCGCCGCCCUUGUCACCACCGCGACCACCAUUGGCGUCUUGGGCGUCAUAAACAACACGUGGGCGGCGUACAUCCAGGUCUGCCUCUUUGUGCUGUACCGCCCCUUCUAUUACACCGCCGUGUCCGACUACAGUGCCAAGGUGUUCGGCUUCGAGACCUUUGGUACCGUAUACGGCACCAUCAUCUGCCUGUCGGGCCUUUUCAACUUUCUGCAGUCCGGGCUCGACGUCUUGUUUCACCAGACGUUCGGUGGCGACCCCGUACCGGUCAACGUCAUUCUGCUCUCGGCCGGCUUCGCCGUCGGCGUCAUGCUAGUCGGGUACGUGGCGGUCAAGGCCCGGAGGCUGAAGUCCAAGAUGCUGGAGCAGGAGGCUGAGGCCCACAACUGA